UAGUUCCUUAGCAGACAUAUCUGGGGAGACCAAAGUCUUAGUUGAUGUAGUUGAACCUCUAGCAGAAGCCAAAAAGACUGAUAAAAUUGAGGCGCAAACCGAAGAAGCAGCACCAGCAGCCGAAACUGCAGCUCAGGUCGAAACUAAACCUACUGUUGAGGUUGCUGCUGCUGAAGAAAGAGGUGAGCCGGAAGCCAAAGCAGAUAUUCAGCCAAAUGAAAUUUCCGAUGAGCUUACACCACACCCUAUGGCGACAGGCGGGCUACUUGAAGGGGACAGCUUGAUUACGGAACAUGCCAAGCCUCAACAAACCAAAGCAACAAUUGAAGAGCCAGUAGGCGGAACUAGAUCCUUAAGAGACAUAUCUGGGGAGACCAAAGCCUUGUUCGAAGUAUCUGAACCUCAAGCAGAAGUCACAGUGAGUCAGGAAAUUCCGGCCCACACUGAAGCAGUACCAGCAGCUGAAACUGCAGCUCAGGUGGAAACUAAACCUGCUGUUAAGCCUUCUGCUGCUGAAGAAACAGGUGAGCCGGAAGCCAAAGCAGAUAUUCAGCCACCUGAAAUUACGGAUGAGCUUCCCGUUCACCCAAUGGCGACGGGAGGGCUACUUGAAGGGGACAACGCGAUUACGGAACCUGCCAAGCCUGAAGAAGACAAAGCAACAGCGGUAGCGACAGUUGCCGCACCUUGUCCCUUAGCCGAUACAUCAGAGGAGAACAAAGCCUUAGUUGAAGUAGUGGUACCUCAAGCAGAAACCAAAGCGACUGCGAAAGAUCAAGCACACACUGAAGAAGCAGCACCAGUAGCCGAAACUGCAGCUGAGGUCGAAACUAAACUUCAUGUUGGUGCUACUGCGGCAGAAGAAAGAGGUGAGGCGGAAGCAAUUAUUCAACCGCAUGAAAUUACGGAUGAGGUUCCCGUUCAGCCAGUGGCGACGGGAGGGCUACUGGAAGGAGACAGCACGAUUACGGAACAUGCCAGAAUCUGAAGAAACCAAAGCAACAGUGGAAAAGCCAGUAGGCGGAUCUAGUUCUUUAGCGGACAUAUCUGGGAAUACCAAAGCCUUAGUUGAGGUAGCUGAACCUCAAGCUGAAGGCACUGUGAGUGAGGAAAUUCCGGCCCACACGGAAGCAGUACCAGUAGCCGAAACUGCAGCUCAGGUCGAAACUAAACCUACGAACUCAAAGACAGAGGUUCCUGAGCACAAGCCUCCUCCUUCUGCAAAGGAUCAGUCCUCGGAGGGGGUUGAAGGCUGGCAGUCAGCGCCAGAAGUUACAGAAGAGGGCGCACUUCCUGAGGAUGCAAGUGCAGUAUCAACAAACCGCGGUAAACAGGAAGGCUACGAAGGCACUGGAAAAGUAAUUCACACCGAAGAAGAAAAACCUAUGACCGAAGGAUUGCCUAGUGCAACCGAAAAAAUGCCAUCCACUGUAGACAAGGACAUGGCUAGUCCGAGUAUUCAAGUGACUGAGCACAAGUCUCCUGUUUCUGUAAAGGAUCAGUCCUCGGAGGGGGCUGAAGGCAGUCAAUCACCGCCUGGAGUUAUAAAAGAGCAAGCACUUCCUGAGGAUGCAAGUGCAUUAUCACCAGCAGACAGUAAACAGGAAGCCUACGAGUGCACUGAAAAAAUAUUACACACAGCAGAAGAGAAGCCUAGCACGGAAGCCACUCCUAGUGCAACCGAAGCAAUGUCGUCCACUGUAGAGUGGGAGAUGGCGUUGCGAAGGACAGAAGUGGCUGAGCACAAGUCUCCUCUUUCUGCAAAGGAUCAGUAUUCAGUGGUUGUUGAAGGUUGGCAGUCACCGCCUGGAGUUACGGAAAAGGAUGCACUUCGUGAGGACGCGCUUCCUGAGGAUGCAGCAGUACACGGUAAACAGGAAUGUGACGAAGGCACUGGAAAAAUACUACACACAGAAGAAGAAAAGCCGAACACCCAAGUGAUUCUCAGUGCAACCGAAGCGAAGCCGUCCCCUGGGGAGAAAGACUUGGUGUUGCUAAGGACAGAAGUGGCUGAGCAGAAGCCUGCUCUUUCUGUAAAAAAUGAGGCCUUAGAGGAGGUUGAAGGCUGGAAGUCACUACCUGUAGUUACAGAAGAGAACGCACUUCCUCGGUAUGCAAGCCCUACUCAUGACGACCUUCAGCUUCGAUCAUUGUCUUCCGAACAACUUGAAGGCGAAAAAGUUAUCACGGUUACAGAAAGCAUAACCUAUCAGAGAUUUGUCGGAGAACUGAAGGAGCCGCAACCACUUUCGCGAUUGGUGAAGAGAAAGGCUAAAGCUCGAGAAGAGCAUGGUAGCGCCGUACCUCAGGUUCGAAGUUUUAAGUUCAGUACACCGACUGGUACUUCAGAUUACUCUUGUAUGGUGGACGAUUCAAGCACAGGAGUCGUGUUCACCACGGUGAAGUCAUCUUCUUCUUUCACUGGAAGUCCACAGUGUCGAAGAGAAAAAACUGACAUCACAGAUGAAGAAGUCAUAUAUGUUAGCAGCGGCAGUACUUCACCUCGUGGAAAGCUUACUUCUAUAAAGAAGAGCUCUUCUUGCUGUCUAGUGAGAGUAGUCGACGACGAAGUUGACGAGACCAGUCAGACAAAUGUACAGCCACGAGCUGAGUCACCCAUGAGGCUCUAUUAUUUAGACUUCAAGGCCAACUUUCAACAAGCGGAAGCCAUCCCGUUUGAAGGUGAAGUGUCAGAACCAUCUGCGCACUGCAAGCUAACCACGUUUCUUGCUCCAAGUAUAUCGUGUAGAGAUGACGAAGAUAGCCGCCCUGAUAAGGAUAGGGCUGGCAAAGGCAAGAGAGCUACUCCUCGAGAAUCAUACGAUGAAUCUGCCUAUCCUUCGUAUCCAACUAUAAUACCAAGUAACAGGAGUGAGAGACUUGAGAGCAGCUCAACCGCAAGCCAAUCUUUAGGCAUGGAUUUCUCGCACAGCGCCACCUCUGCGCGGAGGAUUAGUCCGCCGCACCAUGACAGUGAAGUCCAGUCACUUCUUUGCUGCAAGCUGUGUGGUCAAUCCUUCUUCCGCAGUAACCCGACGCACGCCGAAUUGUGUUCGGGCUACCACAAGGACGCAGCUCCCCCUGCUGCCACAAACAGCGUCCCACCUUCGCCAGUGUGUCUUGAGAAGUACGUGCUCAGUGUUGCGGACGAAGAUGACGUUAGUGAUGUCUUGCGACAAGCCUGGAGAGAUGAAGAGACUGCAAUCCUUUCUUCCACCGUGUGGUCGCUGUACCGCUGCGUCCCCAGCUCCUUCUACGUCAUCAGGGAGAGGGAAAAGCGACCGACAUCUCGCGGUGACGUGUGCGCGUCGGCCUGUGUCAUCACAUUCGGCGAGGAGGUGUCAUUCUGCGGCUUCUUCCACGUGUCCCGUGAGCGCAGCAACACGGGCUUGAGCCGCAUGCUCUGGACCCGGAUGCUGGACGCGUGCCAGGGCAAAAACGUGUGCGCCGUCAUGCCGCAGGAGCGUGCCCAACCGUUCUUGGAUCGCUACCACUUCCAGGUGUCCUACUGGGGCGACAUCGUCUACUGCCACGUCACGUUGCGCAAGGGCUCUUUUCCCGCUCCCAGUAGUGGAAGCGGUGGUGGAGUGCUCGUCAGGAACUUGGACUUGAAGCGCGACUCGGAAUCCGUGAUCGAUUACGACCACGGUGUGUUCGGUUUCGACAGAAGUUACUACCUUCGGGUUGCGCUCGCAGAGGAAGAGCAGGUGGUCAAGGUGGCUACGGUUACGUCCUCCGAAGGUCGCGCAGUGGUGGCCGGUUAUGCGGGCGUUCAGACGGACCAGCGAGGACGGCCCGCGCUGCGCUGGCUUCUGGCGGACGGCGACGAAGCGGCGCAAGCGCUGAUGCACUCCGUGGUCGAGACGUGUCCCAAGAUACGAGAGAAGGGAUUGGUGGGCAUCUUUUACGCGGCGUCGCACGCGACGGGCGUUAUACUAAACAGCGUCGAGAAAGCUUUCAUGGAGCCCUGGACGCUGGUGUACGACAAAAGGGAACCGUUCUUGCGAUACGAUAAGAUUGUCAGUCUCACUAACAUCUAA